AUGCAGAUUGAGUGGCCUUCGGGAAGGACGUGUCAAAGAAGCCCUGAUAUUCGGAUUAAUGAAACAACACAGAACAACGAAAUAAAAAUGAAUAGAUUUACAGACUACUCGCUUCCUUGGAAAGACAUUUUGCAUCGAAUUUCGUAUCUGGCACAAGCAUGUAAUCAGUCCUGGGGGGCGAAAUUUCACUUCGGGACUCUGAUUUUGGUUUGGCUACUUUCUUCUUUGUGUCAAAAUGGUGGUCUUGUGGCUCACCUUGUGGACGAAUCACAGGUGACAGAUAUCAGACGCUCUGUGAUACCAUCCUUCCCCCAACCUUGACUUAGUUGCAAUAGGGACUGCGUUGGCGCAACUACGACAACGGACAACUACGAAUACUGUGUCAGGGAGGUGUCUGGGCGAAGGCUUCAGUUGUUUGCACGAAAGUCAAUUUCUGACUCCGGUAUGCGACCAUUUUGCUGCGUAGAAUACAAACCACUGAGUCCAGCUUAGCUCUCUUUACUAGGCUCAGUGUCGAUAGCGGUUGAAUACUUACUCAAGUAGAGAAAUAAGCGAUUAUAUUAACAGCGUCGAAUUUUACUUUUCCCGUCUUGGCCGGGGCAAAAAGGAAGAACAGGUCCCCCCUUUCUUGUGCAAGAACUGAAUACAACUCUAGAAGACCAUCCGACAAGAAACUUGCACUGCACAUUCUUGGAGAUGCAGCGGAAACGUUGUUGAUCUCAAUAGCCAAGCGCCAAGGCGGGAGGAGUGCUAUGAUAUUUAGCGAUACUUAGAAUUUCAAUUUCUUUUGAAUGUUUCACAUGAACCAUGUAUGUUGAGCGGGAAAAAUACUUUUUUAUCAGUCGAAACCUCGGGUGAAAAAGAAAUACUAGGUCGAAGCUGGUGGCAAAAACUACUUCUACUUUAUCUUGAGAAUACAGAAAAAGGAAAAGUGAAUGAAUUUGUGCAAGGCACGUUCUGUCGUUUGUGCCUUUCGGUUAGUGCUCACCUCGGCUCUCUUGCCAAGUGUGCAGCACGACGCUCGGCCUCUCGAGCACAUCAUGCGCGAACGGACUUGUUUUCUCGCACUAGAUUCUUCUAGAAACUGCCUUGGUCUCAUCUUCACAAACGAUUUUUCCUGCAUCGAAAGAAUAGUUGCUCCACUCGAUUCAUUUUCAUGCAAGUAGUAUGCACGAAACCAGGGUAGUUUCCCGUGCUCGCAAAACGAUGAAAUUG